CAGAGGUGAAGCUCUGCCAACCUCUUCCACAUCGUCACUUCUCCUACAACAAACUAUCUAGGUCUCUAAAGGCUGCCUCGCUCCGAGUGGAUCGCUGAAGGAUCUUGGCGAAGAUUGUUUUAGUCAAAGUGCUCCUUUGCCGGAGAAUGGUGGCAUCCGCUGGGGAUUUUUUGUAGGGUAUGAUUAAUUGUUCUUUUAUUGUUGUGUUUGUUCUAUUCUAUGACAGUUCUUUCUCGGACGUUGGCGUUCUAUGGUGUUUUGUAUCCCUCGAUGUGGGGAGUUGUUUUGAUGUGUCUGUCGGUUUUGACUGGUCAGGAGUUUUUGUUUACCUUCUUUUGAGCAACGUGGAAAAUGGUAGAGGCAUUAAAAUUGUUUUUGACUCUACAUGUUUCUAUGUCUGUCUGAAACGAAUAAAGAAGAAGAAUUUAAUUUUCACCCAUACCGCUUUUGUUUAUUUCAAUUCGAGUAAUUUUAGGUUGAAUAUUUGAAUAUUUGGAAUAUUUUUGUUAGACAGUGUUUCAGUUUCAGUCGUUUUAGGUUUAAAGUUGCGCGUUUUGUAUCUAUCGAGUCAAAUUGAUUUGUAUGAGGUAGUUGAUUACGGAGUAUAAAUCUAUUCCUAAGGCUUACUAUUGGAUGUGUAAUAAAUGUGAAAAGGAUCGUCAAAUUUCGAUUUUAAUAUAAAAAUCCGUUUUUUUAUGUUCAAAAAAAUUAAUUGAGUGAUUUUAAGAGUAUGCAUUUGAUUAUGUAUUAAUGUAUUUAUCUUGUACUCCCUCCGUCCCAAAAAGAUCGAUACAUUUUGACUUUUCUUGGUCAAUGAUGGUUAAGUUUGAUCAAUAAUAUCUUUUAAUACAAAAUUAUUUAAAAUAUGAAAAUUAUAUGAACAUAUUCCCUAUUAAAAAAUCUUACAUAAAAGUAUAAAUUUUAUAAAUUACAAACAAAUAUAAUACCUAAAAUCAUUGUUUAAACUUUACUACCAUUGACCAAGAAAAAUCAAAAUGUAUCAAUCUUUUUGGACGGAUGUAGUAUUUGAUUAUGAGAUCCCCAUUAACCAAUGGAAGACAGUGAGAAGACUUAUUUAAUAAUUUUUUACUUAAGAGAGUUAUGAAACAAAUUGAAAUUAUGACCAUCAAUUAUUACCAGUUGCUAGUUAUGUACACUUUUGAGGGUUAAUUAUUAGGUAUAGUUAUGUGCCCCUCGUGCUGUGGACUUGCGGGUCAAAUUGUGCCCUUCCCAAUCAAGAUUGCACGCAUGCAUGCUCCCGCUUCACCACAACUUUUUCACGAAAGCGUUAAAUUUAUUCAUUCUAAAAUCUAAACGCCUUUUUUGGUAUAUCCGCCCGAAUUAAUUCAGAACUUAAAACCUUACACCAUAAACUUGAUAAAAAUUUAAUUUUCACUUUUUUGCCGGUAAAUAACCAAUCAUCAUCACUUCAUCGUCCAAUAAAGUGUCAAUUGUGCGUCUGAUGUGGCAAUUCAAGAAGGGUCAAAUGAGCCUCUAAACCCGACUGAAUUCUUCAUUUCACACCUCAACCAUUAAAAAUGCAAAAUUACGAAAAAUAAAAAUAAAAAAUAGAGAGUACAAAUUUAAAAUGAAAUACAAGUUGAGAGUAUAAAAUAUUUUAAAAUGAAAGGAUAAGGAUAAGGAUAAUAGAAUGGAUACUACUUUGUAUGUGUUUACCAAGUAUGGUGCUUGCAUUAGUUGAAAAACACUAUUACUACCACCGUCCCACUAACAUUGGGAUGGAAGGAGCUAGCACGGUUAUUAAGAAAAGUUGGUUUAUGUGUUUGAUAUUGAAUUGUUAAAGUAAGAAUAAAGUAAGAAUGAUUUAGAGCCACACAACUUUGCCAAAUAUAGUAUGAGACAAUUGUAGUGGGACUGACCAAAAUGGUAAAAUGAGACAAUCUUAGAGGGACGGAGGGAGUACAACCUAGUACGUGUUGCCUUAACUAAACCUUUCAAAAAAAACUAUUCGGUUAAAGCAUCUUGUUUCUGAAAAUUAGUUUUCUUAAACAAAAUGUGGUUUUGAUUUCAUAUAACCAAUCUUCUAUUCAAUGAGGUAAGCAUUUAAUCUUGUUUUUCAUGAUAAAACUUAACAUAAUGAUGUUGAAGUUUCGCACAAGUGAUAAAAUAUAAUAUAAUAAAGUCGUGAGUUACUCCUUUUAUUAUGUUUACAUUUUAAGAUGUAAUCUUAUAUCUUAAAGUGGUAUCAGAGUCAAAGCGGUCCAUAAUCAUGGUGUGAGCUCCUUAUGAAAAAUGAUUAAUCGAUUUUUUAAAAAAUGACAAUGACGAAUCGGUGAAAAAUGAAGACGGCACAAUCCAGACGAAGCGUUUGACCAUGAGAAGGGUGUUGAAGUCCACACCAGUGAAAUACAAAAUAAUAAAAUGGUAUAUCAAGAUGGAGCCUAAAUUUCACCUUUAAGAAAUGAUGUUAUCAAGUUGAACAGAAUUCCUUGACUACCUCGGUAGCCAACUUACUUACUAUGUGCCUUGUGUGAUUGGGAGGGAGUGUGUACUUUCCAGCCCUUGUAAUAAUGUCUGUGUGAUUUUGGAGGUUUCUCGAUCGACAAUGAUGAGUCCCUCAAAUCCCAUUUCCUGUUAUGAAUCAUCUUGGGCCAAAGGUGGGAAUUGCUGGGUGGAUUGGCCCAACCCAACUUAGCUCAUCGCUACUUGUACCCCCACUCAUUUCGUUGUGGACCCUCUAUGAUUUCUAUAACCCUGGCCUCUCUUGUUUGGUUAGAGAAAUCGUACUUGAACCCUUCUUCCAGAAAAUUAAAAACUACUAUCUAGUCAUUUUAAACAAAAGGUGGAAAUUACCAUUGUACUCCUUCUAUUUCAUUUAUGGCCGACAAUCUAUUUUCUUUCAUCUUAAUCUUUCCCCUUUUCACUUUUAACAAUUUAUUUCAAAAUAGUCUAAUCUUCUGUAAUCCGUAUUAGCCAACUGAAGCCUAACCAGCGGUUAUCCCUCCUUCAGGGACGACACGCAGGCAAGAAGGCGGUUAUUGUCAAGUCCUUCGAAGAAGGCACUCGUGAACGUCCCUACGACCACUGCCUGGUCACCGGGUUCGCCAAGUAUCCAGGCAAGGUGAUGCCGACGCGCUACACUCUCGACGUGGAUCUGAAGGACGCCAUCUCUAUCGACUGCCUUCAAUCUCGUGAUAAGAGAGUGACACCUACGAAAGAGGUGAAAUCUCACCUUGAAGAGCACUUCAAAUCUUUGAAGAAUCGAUGUGGUUCUUUUCCAAACUCAGUCCUGAAACCCUCCAAUUACUGUGCUUACAAACAUCAACGGAGCCGGAAUCGGAUUUGGGACUGGCAGCAGCUUCAGCUAGGGUGGUGCUUUGGCCGGAUGCAGAUUUCCCAAAUUUGUUUGUAUUUCUUUGGGCUUCAUUACUCACAUGUGCAUGUUAUUGUUUUAAAAGGGCCUUGAAGGCGCCAACAGCUGAAGUAUUAAAACUUGACCCUCCACCGCGUCUUAAUGAUUGGGGCGAGUUGAACCUUCGCUUCCACUAAAUAUACUUCUUGGAUUGAAGAAGAUCUCAAAGAUCCAAAAAGACUUGAUGAAAUGAGAGUCCUUCUUAGUGCACAAAAAGAAAUUGCAGAGCAGAUGCUGGAUGCUUAGUGCCAAGGGAGUGACGGGAAGAAAAGCUAAACAAAAUGUUGGAGGAGAAGGUAAAGCCAUACAUUCAUAACAUUGACAAUGGUGUGCUUUCUCAACCUAUUAUAAUAAAGAGACACAAAAGAAAAAUUGCAGGCAAAGGCGAUGGUGGUUCUUUUGAAGAGAUCUAUAUAUAUAUAUAUAUAUAUAUAUAUAUAUAUAUAUAUAUAUAUAUAUAUAUAUAUAUAUAUAUAUAUAUAUAUAUAUAUAUAUAUAUAUAUAUAUAUAUAUAUAUAUAUUGUAUUCUGUAACAAAAACUAAGUUUUCUUGGCUCGGCUAAUCCCAAGGUUCCGUGAAGUAUUUGUGUUGUAAGUUUUUUCUAUGUUAGUACAAGAGGGUGAUAAAUUAUGUAUGAUUUCCACUCUUGGAUUUGUAGUUUCAAACAAUAAAAGGAUGUUUAUUACUUUCUUCCAAAAAAACACUGUUUUUUCAGUUUAGAGUUAUCACAUGAACAUUUGAGGACAAAAACAAUAUUGAUGUGGAUAUUUAUAUAAAUCCCUA